ACAUGCCGCUUCUUGGGUGUUUUACAGGUACAAACUUUGGGCAUUAUGGCAUCGCGCCGGCAUGUUCGGCGACGGGCAAUUGUCGCAGUGGCAUUAGCGGGCCUCUUCACUUGGCAUCUACACUCGCAAACAGACAAUACCUCAAUCGUAGUGAAUAAAUAUCCACUACUUUUAAAAUAUGUAUCUGGCCAGAGGGGAGAAGGCGGAGCUUGGCAUAUCCCACCUAGUUGGGCAGAGGGAUCUGGUGCUGCUGUGGGAAACAUUAUCGAUGCAGCCAAUUUAGCUCUCAAUGCAUCCAAACUCCUGCCAGAGCGGCAGAUUCCGCAUUCUGAUAUACCCCUGAUCAUUCAUCAAACAUGGAAGGAUACACAGCCCGAGGGAUGGCCAGAGACAUUCUGCCAGAGCACUGAGAAAUGGUUAUCAGGUGUUGACACCGGUAAAAUGGCUUACUUCCUAUGGGAUGAUAAUGGCAUUGCUCAAUUCAUCCGUCACUUUGAACCGGAGAUAGAGAGUCAGUUCUACGCACUACCGAACAACGUGGAGCGAUCGGACGUAUUUCGCAUCCUGGUUUCCAAGUGGAUUGGUGGCAUAUACGGGGAUAUGGACACCGAACCUACUCGGCCACCGUCAGAAUGGAUUGCCCCGUCAGAUCUACAGCCCUGGCAAGAUUCGCAUACGGGGGAUGUAUACAACUCCACUGAGUCUGUCAGAGCUAUUGUUGGUUUAGAGGCAGAUUGCCUACCUGAUAGUGACCUUUACUGGCGUAUGGGCUACUUCUACCCCAUCCAAUUAACGCAGUGGUCUUUUGCUUGGGCGCCUGGUCACCCCAUUCUCCAGUCAUUUAUCAACCGUCUAUUUUCAGCCGUCCAGGCAGUUUCAGACAAGAAUAAAGGGGAUUUUAAAUCAAACUCGGCUCAAAAGGCUCUUUACGAUAUUGACCCGUUAAAUUUGACCGGACCUGUGGCAUUCACAGAUUCUGUCCGAGGGUGGUUGGAAACUGACUGGGAUCUCCGCUGGAAUGCCCUGUCGGGACUAAACGACGGAGGGCAGAGCAAAUUUGUGGGGGAUGUUCUCGUUCUCCCGAUCACUGGGUUCAGCCCUGGAAGAGGCCAAUACGGAAACAUGGGCUCAAAGCCUGUUACGGAUCCCUCUGCUCGAUUAUUACACCACGCAACAGGGUCUUGGAGAAAAACUAGCAUUCUAGUCGAGUACGGCAAAUUUUGCCGCACUUUUUUUGGGCGCUGCAGAGACUGGUCAAAAGUGCCUCACAACUGGCUUAUUUGA